GGCUGUUUGAUCGUGAAUCAAUCUGAGACUUAUACCGUUUGUUCCUGUAAUCACUUAACACAUUUUGCCAUUAUGUUGCAAAUAACAGAGGUAUUUAGAAAUUUUAUGUUUAAUAUUUUACAGUUCAUAACAUACAUUGGAAUUGGAUUCUCCAUUAUAUCCAUGGCAAUCACAAUUUUUUGUUAUACAUUUUUAAGGUACAUGAGGAAGCUUAAUACUGAACGAUUUUUCGUUCAUAAAAAUUUUAUUCUUGCGCUAAUACUCGCUCAAAUAAUGUUAAUCAUAACGAUGAACGCCGCAGAAAUCAAGAUAUUAUGCAAGAUAUCAGCUCUCUUGCUACAUCUUUCUUACUUGGCGUCAUUUACUUGGAUGUUUGUCGAGGGAUUGCACUUGUACUUUGUUAUCAUUGCUGUCUUUAAUCACAAAAGUAAAAUUAAGCUAUACCUGUGUAUUGGAUGGGGUAUACCAACACUAAUAGUAGGAAUAACCGUCGCUACUCAUAUUAAUCAAUAUGGCUUGGAUGAAGGGUUAUUACUUUAA